GAUCCCGCGAACCGCAGACGAGCUUCUGGUUUCACACUGAUACUGUGACAUAGGCAUCCGCUUGAUCGAACAUAGCCAUUAGCGUAGGAGUACUAGGAGGGCUACAGACAUUACACGCGUGCACGCUCGGAGGAGGAAGCCAGAUCGAGUCGUGGCUGCGCUCAGUUCAGCUUCGGACUCGCACAGCACUGGUAAUGGAGCUUGGAUAAAUCAACGUCCCACGUGAGUAGCGAUUCGUGGCUGAAAUGAAGGAACUGCUACUACUGAAUCAGUGUGCCGGGAAGAUGACGAUUGAUUCCGAAGGCCUGCUUGUGGAAGAUGGUCAUUUCGCGGCGAUGCGUUUGUCAGCGACUCGCCACAAUGAGCCGGUGGAAGCGACGGACAUUACUGCUGGCAUGGCUCCUGCUGAUAGCGAUGGCGGGGACGGUGAUAGCCGGAUUGGUCUCAUUACUCAACAACUAUCAGCAUUCGGUCGUGUGUGAUCCUGCUGUUGGCCGCCGAACCGGCCGUUCAGAGAAUAAUGACAUGCGUUGGCCUCAGCGGCCGUGCAAGCCCCGUGGACCAGUCGGCGUAGGAAUCGGGCCGCUGUGGAGGACAACCAACGUGGGCAGGAAUGAAGAUGUCUGUGCAUCUCCAGUGGCCCGCCAAGGACUAGAGUGGUUUACAAGUAUUGGACAACUCCGACGCUGCCUAGCAUCCAUUCCGCUGACAACGCGUGUUCUGAAUGCAACAAUUGCAGCUCUGGCGUUGGCCACGACUAAGGUUCGUCAGCUGCACACCAAGUCGAGGCCACCCUGCGGAGCAUUGCCGAUCGCACGCUUCGUCAACCGCUCUCUAAGCAAUCUGCUACAGCUGCACACGCGUGUGCACGACUACGCGCGUAGUCUCUGUGACGAGCAUGUCCAAUACAAGUCGCCAGUAUCGCAGCUUGCAUCGCUUUGUCUGCCGGUGGAGUUCGGCUCUCGCAUCGAGCGUGACUCGAGCUCGCUGCACCAGCACCAAGUCCUGUUCAUUGCAAAGCUUGGCACACAGAUAUCGUUUCCGGACGAGGGGCUUAAUACCGAUGUACAAAUGAUAGUCGGUCACACUGUCAAAUCGAUCGAACGGCUUUCACCGUUUGAUUUCAUCAAGAAGUUACUGGGAGGAAGACAGGCAGCAGGACAAGCUACCGGACCAUUGCUCAACAAUGCGCUGCACCGCUCUUGCUUUGAUGUCUCGACGAUUGUCCUGCCCGAAAGCGAUGGUGUCCACCUACUCUUGUCGAAUGGCCGCACCGUGGGCCUGCCGUGGACGGUUCGACUGGCCGCCGUGCCGCACUCUACCAAGCUACGGUGCUUGCUGGGUGACACUGUCACCGAGAGGACCAGGAACACGACCGUGCAUGGUGGAUCGCCGUGCUCCGCCGCCCGCAUGAUCGAUAGCACGUUCCGCACUGGCAGUGCUGCCGGCCAAGAGGAUGUCUUUCCUUCCGUGCAUCGGGGCAAGGGAUAUGCCGUCAUUAUGCUGCCGUCAUUUCGUACGCCCGCUUUCAUAACGACCGGGCAUCUGCAUAAGCUGCUCUCCAACGUGCUUCCCCACUCCACGGCGUCACCGAUACGCACACUGGUGUUGGACGUCAGCGGUAACAGAGGAGGUCUGCUGUCUACUAUGUACGGAGUGCUGGAGGUGCUGGUGAAGGCACUACAGAAGAACGGAUUGUCUCCAGCAUCUGCCGCUGCCGCUCCCUGCCUCAUGACAAUGCGUGACUUAGACUCUCUGCAGCAAUCCAGUCAUGCAUUGCUACCGCUGCUGCAGGCGUUCCCGACAGGAGUGUGCAAGCGUUGCUCAGCCGCUCUUCUAGAGAAGAUCGAAGCGUACGCGCGUGCAGCCGAUCUCCCGUUCGACACCGUGGCCGAGGUGAUGCGGGUGAAGACCAGUCUCUACCGUGCCGUGGCUCCGAACUCGGACAGUGGCCGUUCCGAAUUGCUGCUCGGCCUACUGUUGUCUGUUCUGCGUGCGCAGUCGGAGAGCUUCCUGGGUGUGUCCGGUUUGGAAGCACGCCAGUGCUUGCGUCACGCCAGAGGAGCGCCCGUGCCGGACUUCCUGCCACGGCAAGAGGACACUUGCGAAAACUGCCCUGCAGCCAGCAUGUGCACAGCUCCGCUCAAGAUGUGCUCGGAGACGCUACAUUCUCCACACUCACUCGGCGUCAAGCGUGGCGAGACGAGCGGUCGUGCGACUUCUAACGUUCUACAGCACGUGAAGCGAGUUGUUGUCGUGUCCGACGGAGUGUGCUACAGCGCCUGCGCGCAGUUCGUCUAUCUCCUUGGUAAACUGGCACAAGCUCAACCUGGCCUCCCCACCGUUCAUCUGGUGACUUAUGGCGGCAUUGCUGGCGAACAAUUUCCAGCCGCACAAGCCGGAAACGCAGUGGCAUAUGACUAUGACCACUAUGCAGCAGCUCGCAACGCUCUGAGUCGACUGCGGCAACGGCUCGAGACGGACGGAUGGUGGAAAGCGCAGGGCCAGCGGGACACUCAGGAGGAGCAGGAGUCCGAUCAGCCAAGUGACAUUGAGCUGGACUUGCUACACCCGGCUAAGCUCAUGUACCCACAUGCCGCCGUAAUACCGCCGGAAGACCACUGGGCGAGCAAGGCGGACGCUCGCGAUCUCACGGAGCAGCUCAGCGCGGUUGGCACCGACAGCUUGUACAUCCCACUGUGGCCGGAGAAGAAGUCUGAAGAUGCGAUCAGUCCUGGCCGCCGCAGUACUCGUAAUGAUCUCCAGCUUCCUCGCCGCCAGUUGUAUGAAGUGGCGAUUGAAAAACUGCCCAGGUACAAAGACUAGAUAACGACUACUUAUUUAUUUUAGCUUUAUCAACAAGAAUAUUGAAAGAGGAUGAAUAGUG